AUGAGUUGGCGAUCAGAACAUAUAUGGAUAGAACUUAUAACGGGGUCUCGAAAACUAAGUAAUUUUUGCUGGGCCCUUAUCGUUUUUUUAGGUUCAUUAGGAUUCUUGUUGGUUGGAACUUCCAGUUUUCUUGGUAGAAAUUUAAUAUCUUUUGUUCCGUCUCAGCAAAUCAUUUUUUUUCCACAGGGGAUCGUGAUGUCUUUCUACGGGAUUGCGGGUCUCUUUAUUAGUUCCUAUUUGUGGUGCACAAUCUCCUGGAAUGUAGGUAGUGGUUAUGAUCGAUUUGAUAGAAAGGAAGGAAUAGUGUGUAUUUUUCGUUGGGGAUUUCCUGGAAAAAAUCGUCGCAUAUUCCUGCGAUUCCUUAUAAAAGAUAUUCAAUCCGUUCGAAUAGAAGUUAAAGAGGGUAUUUUUGCUCGUCCUGUCCUUUAUAUGGAUAUCAGAGGCCGGGGGGCUGUUCCGUUGACUCGUACUGAUGAGAAUUUGACUCCACGAGAAAUUGAACAAAAAGCCGCGGAAUUGGCCUAUUUCUUGCGCGUACCAAUUGAAGUAUUUUGA